UGACAUGCAGUCAUUGUGUGUGGGAGCUGGGAGGGACCAGGAGGGAGGAGGGCCCCUGCCCGGGGCCUGUGCUGUGGGGACAGCCGUGCAGGGCCUGAUCGGAGCACACAGGAGCUGACAGGGAGACUGGACGGCUGGCUGCAUCUCCUGGCAGGGGGAACUGACGCAGGGGAGUGGCCCUGGGGGCCCACCGUCAGGGUUGGACCUACCCGGGCCAGGGGGCGUUACCCAGUUGCCAGCAUCUGCAUGGGGGUGCAACCUGAGGAGGGCUCAGGGUCUCCUGCCUGACCCUGGAGGGCACUGGCCCUGCCUUCUCGCCAGCCCCGAGAGCCCCAGGCCCACCUGCAGGAGAGCAUGAGUGAGCAAGAGAGGGAGGCAGAGGAGGAUGAAGGAGAGGGCACCUCGGACACAGCACCCAUGCUGCCCCGAAGGCCCCCUGCCCUGAGAGGCCGCGGGGGGCCCAGCCUGGCCAUCAGAGGCCUCCGGACCCUGCUGCUGCCCGGCCGCGCCCUGGCUGGGCUCCUGCUGCACCUGCUGUUGCCCGGCACCGUCUUUCUUCUGGCUCUGCUGCCGGCCGCCGCGGUGGUCUACCUGGGGUUCCUGUGCCACUCGAAGGUGCGCCCCGCGCCCGGCGCCCGCUGCCGCGCGCUGCUGUCGGACCGCGGCUCCGCGGCGCUCAUCGUCCUCGGUUUCCUCGCGCUGCCGCCGCUGCUGGCGCUCGCCUCGGCCGCCCGCGCCCGCCUGGCCCUGCGCCUCCGCGCGCUGCUGCCGCCCCCGGCGCCGGGCUCCCGCGCCGACGACGGACCGCAGCAGCUGUGCGCCCGGCUGUGACCCCUUCCCGGAGCCCCGCACGCGUCCUGCGACCCCAGGAAGCCGCUGCAGGCCGGGGCCGAGCCGGGUGCAUCCGAGGUGCGGGGCGCCAGGUGAGCGUGAGGGCUCACAGGCCCCGCAGCCACCCGGGGUCCCCUCCGUGUGCUGGGACCACGCGGCCUGCGGUUCACAGACUCGGGUCCUUCGUUCUCUCUGGAACGUUCUCAGCCCGCCCCCCAGAGUUGCCUGCAGCGGCCGAUUCUCCCCACUCCCCCACCCCUCUCUCCCGCCCGUCUCCCAGUCCGGUGCGGCUCCUGUGGGUGCGCCUGUCGGGGGCCUCGCCCUCUUCAGGGCCUGGCAGGCCGGUGAGCCCACCUGAGCGCCAGUUGCAGCUCUGGCCCCUUCACUUCCGGUCCAGCUCCCUGCCCAUGGCCUGGGAAGGCAUCCAAGGGUGGCCCAAGUGUCUGGCUCCUGCCCCCGCGUGGGAGACCCGGAUGGAGGCCCAGGCUCCUGGCUUCAGCCUGGCCCAGCCCGGGCUCCCGCAGGCAUGGGCAGGGUGAACCAGCAGAUGGGUGUCUCUGCCUGAUGCUCUCUGCCUUUCAGAUGAAUAAAUUCCUAAAAAAUUAAA